AUUUUAUUGUACCCUGAUUAAUACUUCCGCGAUUUGUCAAACGUCAUAUGAGGUUUAAAUCACAAAAUAUUAGAGUUAUCAGCGUUUUGUAGUAACACUUUACUGUACCUUCAUAGAGCGUUGGUCUUACUGAUCCAGAAUCCAACAAUGUCUUUCUUUUCGAAGAAACCAACAGUUGAAGAGCAACUCAAGGCCAAUGACAGAGUGAUGAAGAAAACUCAACGAGACCUCGAAAGAGACAGGAAUAAGAUGGAAAGAGAUGAGAAGAAACUGGAAAUGGACAUAAAAAAGGCUGCAAAGCAGGGAAAUAAGCAGGCAUGUACAGUUUUAGCUAAACAACUAGUCAACUUGAGAAAACAGAAGGCAAGAAGUUUUAACACAGGCUCAAAGAUACAGGCAAUUGGCUCACAACAAAAGUUGAUGCAUUCAAACAUGAAGAUGGCCGGUGCUAUGGGAACCACAACCAAGACAAUGCAGGCUAUGAACAAGGUGAUGGACCCGCAGAAAACAGCCAAGAUGAUGCAAGAGUUCGAGAAGGAGUCCACAAAGAUGGAGAUGUCCGAAGAAAUGAUAAACGACACGCUGGAUGACAUUCUCACUGAGUCUGGCGAUGAGGAGGAACAGGACGCCAUUGUGUCACAGGUCCUUGAUGAGAUCGGCAUUGACAUCACUGGAAAGUUGCUGGACGCCCCAUCCGCCCAUGGAGGAAAACUUGGAGAAUCAUCAAAGGCAAAAACAACAGAUGAUGAAAUUGAACAACAGUUAGCAGCCCUCAAAAACUUGUAGUGAAUGUUUAUUUUAAAUGUUGACAUUAAGAUAAUAUUUUGCGAUUGUGAUCAUUGUAAAAUUGUUUCGCAUCACAGUAUUUUUGGCAACAAUGUUUGUUUUAUGCCCCCAAUGGCAUAUUAAAAAUUAUAAAAAUUAAAAUUAAGGUGUGGACUGUCCGCCAAUCCGUCGUUUUUCCUGUGUUCGGGCUUUAAAUUUGUCAUGCAGGGAGGGACUUUAAAAUUACUUAGCACAUGUGUUCAGUACAUGAAGACGAUGUGUAUCAAAGAUCAAGGUCACACUUGCAGGUUUAUCAUUAUGGAAUGAUGUAUACUGCAUAUAUAAACAGUAUAGUUGAUUGUGUCCUGGGUGUAGCCUUGUCAAUCACUCAGGGAUUUAAAAAAAAAAAAAUUGGCACAAGUGUUUGGUACACAAAGGCAAUGUGCUGCGUGCAAGACAUGCGUCCCUACCUCAAUGGUCACUGUCACGCUUAACGAUUAAUCAUAAUGGAAUUUGUUGUAUAUGCGCAUAGAUAAAGUCGAGUUGGUCAUGACCGGCUGUAACUUUGUCAUGCAUGGAGAUAUUUUAAAAUUACAUUGCACAUGUGUUUGGUACAUUAAGACGACGUUUCUCUACCCCUUACUGCAUUACUCCUCCACACCUGACGUCAACCAUCAUAUAGCCUGUAAUAGGUCAGCAUAUUCUUAUAGUUUAGGAUAGCUCCUUCUGAAAAUAGGCAUAUUAGUAAUUGCAUUAUCCAUUUAACUGGAUGGCACUUUAGGGGCAUUUGUCACUUACUGUGACAGCUCUUGUUGACAUACAUCAUUGACCUACAGUUCAAAUCUUCGAGUGCAACAAAAACUUUUUUCCCCAAAACCAAUGUUUUCUGACUGGGUCAUAAAACCUGUGAUGUGAAACAAAAAUUGUAUAAAUGGUGUAUUAUAUUAUUGUGUAUUACAUGUGUAUUAUUUGUUAUAUCUGAGAACAUUGUCAUUAAGCUUUACCCCAUAUAGGAAAAUACAUUUUUCUGUUGAUUUAGUCAUUUUCGCUAUAAAACGUGUAAAAUGUGUUCCGUACAGUUAUGAUUUUUUACACACAGUGUAUCACUGUAUAAAUUUUAAAUCGGAAAUAUCUGGCGAGAUUGGCUUAUAUCAAAUGCCAGUAUUCAUUCAUAAAUAUAAUUCUUGAUUUGGCAUAUAUUUGUGUACAUGUGUAACGUAUUGUACAUAAGGCAUCGGUAUUUAUUCUAAUCUUGAUUGUACUUAAUGUUUCCAUUACGCAUAAUAUAAUUACACAUUUAGAAAUUUUGAAACUGAAAAUAUAUACACAAAACAUUAUGAAUUUAUUGACCAUUUUUUUAUUGUGUUGUGGAAAAGCAUAGAAUAUUAUGAUUAAUGAUCAUAUAUUCAUAUUAACAAUAUUUCAUUCAGAACACCUUGGCAAUUUUCCAUCCAAAACAACCUCAGAUGUAUAUAGAAGGUUUACAAUAUCAGAAAUCAUUACACUUAACUGUGCAGCAAGUUGAUCGCAUAGCAAUUUCAAUUUAGCAGUUAAAUUUAAUGACUUUACUCUAUGGAAUCAUAAUAAUUUAUGUAAUAAUUCCCUUCACUGGCUAUGAAUUUAAACUUAAUUAUACAUAAAUCUACUUAAACACUUCAUUCAUUAAUUCUAUCAAAUAUAAAUUUUACAAACUACUUCUGCUGAUGUACAAGCAUACAUUCGAGGUUGUUUUCAAUGAAAAAUGGCUGAGGUGUUCCGAAUGCACAAUAUUUAUGAGAAUUGAAAGUUUAAUAUGUUUUCCAUCUGUUAAAAAAAAAUAAUCAUGAAAUUCAAACAGAAAAUGCAAUUACAUAUCAUUAUCAUAUUUAUGCAUAAAAUGAGGAUUAAAACUCUUUUACAGUU